CGUUUCACCGAAGAAGGAAGCAGACAGAAGGGAGUUCUUUCGCACCGCUUGAAUACUCUUUGGCUACAGACAGAGCAGCUGUCAAUGCACAACGCUGAGCGUUACGACAAGCAGGAGGCUUUGUGGGACGACAGAGGCUUUUUAAAUGCAGCUCAGCGACGAUUUCUAUAGUUUAUCACAUUGUCGUGUCAGCUCUCAAAACGUUCACAUCUAGCGUAUGAGCAACGAUCCGACAGAGAGUGACUUUCCUCGAGUGCUUUUAUUUAUUUAUCGCCAAAGCUGACGGCGGAGUGUUGUCUGCUGUGUCCUGUCCAUCCGACAGAACUAGUCCAGACAUGAGUAACGUUAAUCUGAUUUUUUGGGACCAGUUGCUGGCUGGCAGCUCCGAUGUGGAUUGGUGUGAAGGCAAUUACCUAAUUUACCCCAGCAUCGCCGAAUUUUACAACACGAUCAGCAACAUUUUGUUUUUUGUUCUGCCGCCCAUAUUAAUGUGCUUGUUCCGCCAAUAUGCAACACAUUUCAACAGUGGGAUUUACCUCAUAUGGAGUCUACUAGUUGUGGUUGGUAUUGGAUCGACAUAUUUUCACGCCACCCUCAGCUUCCUCGGCCAGAUGCUGGACGAGUUGGCCAUCUUAUGGGUGCUUAUGUGUGCCAUUGCCAUGUGGUUUCCAAAGAGAUACCUACCCAGGAUGUUCAGGAGGGAUCGGUCAAGGUUCAAAGUGGUCAUCGGCAUCUUGUCCGGGAUCACCACUGGGCUGGCCUUUGUUAAACCGGUCGUCAACUCAUUGUCACUUAUGACUCUGGGCAUCCCCUGCACCGCGCUGCUCAUUACUGAGCUUAAAAGGUGUGAAAACCCGCGUGUGUUCAAGUUGGGUCUGGUCUCAGGGAUCUGGUGGGCAUUGGCUCUGCUUUGCUGGAUCAGUGACAGGAUAUUCUGUGAGAUGUGGUCAUCUGUCAACUUUCCCUACUUACACUGUGCUUGGCACAUCCUCAUUUGUCUGGCUUCCUACUUGGGUUGCGUUUGCUUCGCCUACUUUGACGUCGCGACUGAGGCCCCGGAGCGAGGACCUGUCAUCAUGUUCUGGCCCAACGAGAAAUGGGCCUUCAUAGGCGUGCCCUACGUUUCCUUCCUCUGGGUCCACAAGAAGUCUGCUAUCAAGGUGACAUAAGGUGACCCGAGCCUGCUGCUCUUCUGGCCGUGCUUUAACGCGUCUCACCAGGAUGCAUCCAUGCAACUUUGUGGCCACUUGUGCUCUUGUGACCGGGUGAUGGAGGUGAUGCACAUUGUGGCUAAACGUGAAGAUUUACCUUUUCCUUUUUCUAUCCCAGCAGUGUUUAUGCAACUCUGUCAAAGAACAAAAACUGACACAAAUUAGUCUAACAUGGCAAUGAAAGGGUGACUUUUUAAACGACACCGCAUCAAAGCCAAGAAACAUUUACAGUGUUCCAAACAUAUUCUCAGGCUAUACAUAUAAGAUCAUGUAAGUUAGGAAUAUGCAUUUCAGCCUUCUUUAAAAAGAAGAUUUUGUACAUUUUAACUCAGAAAACCUCAUUAUAAAGCAUUUUAUUGUCUUUAUAAACACAAGUAUAGCAUCUCAUAGGUGCAGUCUGGCCAUUGUGAAAGCAUUUAGAAACAAUAAAUCACUGGAUUCAGUAACUGUGAUUAAUGCAUAAUGCAUUCAUUGCUUGGCCAAUCUUACUAUGCCCAAUGAAUCAACAAGCUGAUUCAUAAGAUGUUACAGCAGUGUUUUAAGUAUCAUCACACAACGCCUUAUGUGUUUUAAAUACAUAAUGGCUUCAGGCUCAUAAAUCUGCCCUCUUUGUGAACAUACAUUUUCAUUUAAAGCGCUAGAAACACAAUAGGCUUUUUUCCAUUAUGUGUGUACUAUGUUUUGCUUCCAACAUGCCAUUGUGAUUGAUAGUAUACGAGAAAUGUGUUCCAAGUUAUCCUGUAUAUUUUGUAAACUAACAAUGUAAUAUGCAAUUAUUUUCCGAGGAAAGUCAUAUCAUUCAGAUAUUACUGAAUGAAUAGGUACCUUUUGAUAUUGGCCAAAACCCAAAGUAAAAAAAACAACAACUGAAUGUGAAAUCAAAAUGUAUUGAAAUAUGAUUGACUAAUCAAGGAAAUGAUUACGUAUUUUGCACAAAAUGAAGAAUGGUUCUCAAAGCCUUUUGGCUAAAUGCACACACUCCAGUGAUAAUUACAGUUAUGUAUUUCAAACUUAGCCAAUAUACAGCUUUUAAAGCUGAAGUUUUCACAGCUGAUCUUUUUUCAACCACAAGUCUCAACUCUUCUAAAACUUCUCUUCAGGGUUAUUUAUGCCAUGCUCAGUAUUUUAGACGUUGUGCUAAAUAUUAUGAAACUAUGAACAGUGUGCAAAAAGCCUUAAUCAAACAGGAAAAUGGACUAAAAAAGCAAAUGAAGGUACAUUGUGUCCUUGUGUGAUGUAGCCAAUCUCUUUGCUCUAAAAAGGGAAAUGCAGUGUAAUGAUUGUGUUAAAUAGCAAAUGGAAAUGAGCUUUAGGUUAUAGCAGGUAUAAGUUGUGGGACAGAUAAGGUUAUUAUUACUAAAACCUAGUCUAACUUGUUCUAAUGUGUUCAUUUGACAGAAAUUAAUAGAAAGUAUGUAUGUAGAAUAUACAAGGGGAGUAUGUUGGGGUGUUGCAAAGCUAAACACUCUAACUCUAAAAAGAACAAGGAUCUCCAAAGCUUUUUCACCACAAACCAUUGUUUUAAAUGUUGUUCUUGAAAACUGCCUCAGACUGUGCUAACUAAUAUUAUUUCACUCCCGUCCUCCUGCAGAGGCUUCUGGGAACUCAAACUGCUAAAAUAACUUUGAAGGAUCAUGAUGUAGAAAGAAAAAAAAUAACUAUUUUUGUGAGAUUCUGAAGUAUUUUGUUAAAUCCAAAAUUAUGUAUAUUUUUCUAAUUGCAGUGCAGCCAAAAUUGAAGGGUGAAUGAUUUUUGAUAUUGCAUGAUUACCUUUGUAUUGCCAUACUGUUUUUUAUUUUAUUUUAUCUUUAGGAAAAACUUUAUUGAGACAGUAUUGAGAAUGUGAACAAAGCUGUUGUAGUGCCCACGAAUACUUUCAUUGUGCUGCAAAAUGAUAUUGAACUACACAUCUGAUCCACAAUGGUGGAUUGUUUGUAUGAAUCACCCUCAGAAAAAGGAGUUUGUGUGAACAGGAGAGCCUGUUAAAUGCUGCCCUCUGGAUCGUGAUAUUUGUCUUGGCACGUGGUGUCAAUAUGAUCUCAUAACAAUGAGUCAAGUCUUUUUUAUGGACUUACAUGUGUAUAUAAAUCUCAGUUCUUCUCUGCCUGCAUUGACAAUACAGACAAACUGCACAGAAAUAUUUAUUUUCAUAAUUUAACCUGUUUUGUAAACAAACCGUAUGUGUUUUAUUUUAUGCAAUAAACAAAGUCGAUACUCAAAA